AUGCCAGACGGAAACGGUGCGCGCAAUGAGGGGCGUGCUGAGGGAGCGGAUGUGAAGCACGAGGCGGACGGCGCGUCUAGCCAUAGACGCAGCAAGUCGGGAGGCAUACUGGGCGCCUUCCUCAGGUCAUCCAUGGAUGCCAUGGGGAAGGCGCCAUCGACACAACUAGGCAACGACGAGGAGCACGAUCAGGAUGCGGAAGGUGCGAAGAGGGCGUCCUCCAUCGCGACUGCCCUGCGCCAGAGCCAAGGGAGGCAGCGAAAGGGAUCCCUUAGGAAAGCCGCCAUGGCCAAGAUGCGUGAACGGAGCAGCUCUCUGCGCAAGGCCAAAACACCCACAAUCACCACCACCACGAGCUUAGACCCCUCGGACGAAGGCUCGGCUCCAGGCCGCUUCAGCUACGAGAACGCUCCCCUCAACUCUUCGUCCGACAGUGGAUGGCUACCCGCUGCCCGUCUGUCCCCGUCGUCACCCGCGCUUAUUUACACCCCACCCGAUGGCCCUGAACGGCCUGCUCCUUCACUACUUGCAUCACCCAUGACGAGCCCGGUCGCGCCUUACGCUUCGACUACCGACGAAGACGACACCAUGUCCUUCUACCGCCCCUCUCCCGCCGGCAAUGACUUCUCCUUCAGUGGUGCCAACCAGGGCUCUGCGACAUCUCUUGCACACCGCCGUUCAACUCGGAGCAACCGACGCACUUCCAUCUCGGCAGUCCUGACACCUGCCGAGGCUGACCCCGAUGACGAGUGGGAUUACAGCGAGACGGAGUGGUGGGGCUGGGUCGUGCUCAUAGCAACGUGGAUUGUUUUCGUCGUCGGCAUGGGCUCUUGCCUCGGAAUCUGGAGCUGGGCUUGGGACGUGGGCGAGACACCGUAUGCUCCACCCGAUUUGGAAGACGACGCAACCCUGCCCAUCACGGGCUACUAUCCCGCAUUGAUCGUUUGCACGGCAGUCACGAGCUGGGUGUGGGUUGUCGUGGCCUGGGUUGGCAUGAAGUAUUUCCGCCACGCCAAAGUAGGCGUCGACGGCUAG